GUUUAUCAUAAUUUGAGACUUUAAUAACUGAAAAAUUUAACAAAAUGAAUUUUUAUGCAUUCUGUAAAUUUUAUUUAUUAUUUAUAUGCACGUUAUUAAUUUAUCAUGUAUCAACACAAGCUACUCCUACUGAAUCAAUUCAUUAUUUACAACCCGGAGAUACCAUAGAAAAUUUCGCUCCCGGAUUACGUAUAUUUUGUCAUACUGCGAAAUCGAAAUAUUUUAUUUAUUUAUGGAGAGUAUUAAAAAUGAAUCUCCAUACAAAUUUAGACAAUUACGAUUUAUAUGAUGGUAAAAGUCCGAGUGAAGUAAUUGAAAAACACGAUGUAAAUCAACGAUCUUGGAAAUUUAAUUGGUUUAAUACAAAGAAAAGCAAAAGUUUUAAAAUUAAUCCUCUUGAAGAUAUUUGUUUAGGAAUUUAUACUCAUCCUUAUAUUGAUCAUCGUUAUAAGAUAUCGAUGGAAUUAAUAAAAAUUGAUGUAACUCAAGUGUUGACAACGAUAGCAGGAAUUAUUCUUUUUUGGAGUGCUCCUAAAUUAAGUAGAAAUUCAUUAUUUUAUUAUUUAACUGGCAUUUGUUUAGGAGUCACUUUUUCACUACUCAUAUUAAUAUGGUUUGCUGCAAGACUGUUUAGUCAAGGCAAAACAAUGUACUUAAUUGCUGGAACAGGCUGGCUAAUGAGCACAUGGCUUGCUCGAAUAGUAUGUGAUAAUGUACAGAUGAUAUUAAUGCAGUACAGAGAAUAUGUUAUUGGCUACUUUUUAUUAUCAUCGUUAAUUAGUUUUCUUAUUUGCUACCGUAUUGGACCCGUCACAAACACCCGAACUAAACAAAUUAUUCAAUGGUUUCUUCAAGUUUCAGGAAUGGUGAUGAUUUAUUUUAGCAGCUACUUCAGAGAAGCUUCCAUUGGAUUAUGUAUUUUAUGUAUUUUAAUAUACAAUUUCCCAACUGUUAUGUAUCAUAGAAGUAAAAAUUAUUGGAGAAAAAUGUUUCCAAAGCGUCAGAAACUUUUAACAGAAGACGAAUAUCGGAUACAAACUAUGAUAGAAACGUCUAAGGCUUUGGGAGGUUUACAAGCAUAUUGUUCCAGUCCUGAAUCUAAUCCUUGGAAGAUUGUGAUGCGCUUAAAAGAUCCCGUGAGGUUUGCUAGAUUUAUGGAAGGAGAGUCACACUUAUCUGAAGAUGAAACAAUGCAACACGAUUUAGAAAUAACAAAAAUGAUUGAAGAGUGUGAAUAUACUGAAGACGAAUACGAGGAAAAUGAUUGAAUUUGUUACAUAUUUUGAUUGAAAAUGACUCACAUAAUUUAUUUUGAUUUUAUUAGUUAAUUAUUAUUUCUCAUGAAUCUCAAUGAUUUUAUUGAUAAUUAUAAAAAUUUGAAAUGUGAAUUUACAAUUAAU